AUGACACAAUUACGUCAAAUAGCAGCAAUUGGAUCCAAUCCAAAUGUUGCAUUCUAUGCAUCUAGACUAUAUCAAACAAAAUUGGUUGAACUUAGUGUAGUUGACCCGUUGCUUGAUAAAAAUGCCCCGAUAUCGUGGAAAUCGUCACUGCUUGGAUCGUUUCAAUUUUCACCUCACCACUCAUACACUUCGAUCAAACAGGUACCCUCAACUACAAUUUUUGAUGUAGUUAUACUAAGUUGUAAUUCAUUACAGGAUUUUCAGACUACGUGUUCGGCGUUGGCAAACAUUGUUGAUAAAAACUCAAUUGUCUUGGUUGAGUCCACCGGGUAUAUCAAUUUGGAACCUUUUGUUUCAAUGAGUUUGCCCAAAGCUAAGGCAGUUUUAGUAAUGUCCAUUAUGAGCGAAUGUGAUGUGCGUAGAAUUUCAACAAAUCACUACCAUCACCAAAUAAGAGCUAAUGACACACGUGUCUUUUUUGGCACAUCUUCAGCCUCGUCGAACAAAUUAACAUUGAAUGCCAAUUAUAAAAAGUUUUAUGAAUUGUUACAAAUGGUUCAGGAAAAUAGCAAUGGCACUAUUAGUUUGCUAAAAUCGAGUAAUCCAAAGGAAUUCAUGACAUACCAAUGGAAAUUGGCACUCCCAAGAAUAGUGUUCAAUCCAAUUAUGGUAUUGUUUGAACUAGAGUUUCCGGAAAUGUUAAAGAGCCAGAUUUUAACCAAGCCUUUGAUUACUGGCUUAAUCAAUGAGUUGUUUAAACUAAUAAAAAAGAUGGAGUGCAAAUUGGUUAAAGGAUUUGAAAAUGAAGCAAAUUUAUUGAAAAAUUGGGCUACUGCCUACCCAAAGACUCAAAAUAACCAAGAUUUCAUUAACUCGCCAUCUUUUUUCUACAACUAUUAUAAAAAGGGCGACCUCGAACUAGACUUGUUAUUAUUACAGCCAAUACUUUUAAGCGACGAUAGUGGAUUAAGAACACCAUACUUGGAGAAUUUAUACUCAGUGAUGUGCCAAUUCAACAAGAUUAAUCAAGGAUCAACCAUUUUUUUCAAAAGACGAACCGACGAUAUAGAUUUGAGCACAUCACAACAAACUUUGAAACAAUUGGAACAAGAUAUUCAAUCAAAAGUACAAAGUGAAAAAGAGUUGAGUAAUAUAAUCAAGGGACUUGAGGCAUCUAAAACAUCUAUAACUAACGAAAUAGCAAAACUGGAAGCCAACCUUAAACAAAUACAACAAAAGGUUUUAGACACGGAAACAAGAUUUUCCAACGUACAAUACGAAUUUGACAAGAAGGUCAAAUCUUUGGAAUUUGAACACGAAACUAAAUUCAAAUCUUUGAAUAAUGAAUAUAACCAACGAUUGAAAGAAUUGGAGUUGAACUUGCAAAAACUGAAACUAAACGGUACCAGCAGUAAUAAUUCUCCAGUAUCGAUACCUGCUCAGCAACCAACUCCAGCUCAAGAGGAACAAAACCCAAAACUAAAUGGGUAUAGAGACUCAGUGAUGACUCAAGACGGAUUAUCUGAUCUCAAACAUAUUGUACAGUAUGGAGCCGCACUUAAUGGUGAAUCACAGCACCUCCACAACAACAACAACAAUCAGCAGCAGCAGAGUGCGCUUAAACCUCCGAUUGAACCAAGAAACCCAUUAAACAGUACGCUGCAAAGCUCAGAUAAUUUCGAAGAUGCUGGAGAGUUACCACCACAUAUAAUACAGAAAGAAUUAGAAUUGAAAAGGAGAGAAGAAGCUUUAUUGGCUCGAGAGAGGAGAAAUAGCAAUGUAGGAUAUUUGAACUACGAGCAAAAUGGGAAUAUCUUGCCACAGCAGCAACAACAACAGCCGCAGCUGCAGAGGUUCCCACAGCAACAAAAUUUUGGACCUCAACCAUUUGGCCCACAGGCUCCACCAUUUCAACAACAGAGGCUGUAUUUUAACCAGAAUUAUAAUUACAAUAACGGUGCAGCAGCCGCACCGUAUGCUGAUCAGCUGCCCCCACAUGGUUUACCUAGUGGCGGUUUACCCCCAAACCAAUUCCCGCCAAACUUGAAAUCAAACGGUUCAUCAAACAAUAUGCAGAAGCUUCAACAACAACAACAACAACAACAACAACAUCAAAUGCAAAUGAAUCAAGGUUUCAACCCACAGCCAAGAAGAUUAAGCUCAAUGCCAGGCGGUAUAAAUAGUUUUCAAGAUUUCCAGCAACAGCCUUAUAACUCAAUGCAACAAAAUGCAUUUCAACAAUAUAGCGGCAAUCCGUCGAGUUUCAAUAACGCUGCACCAAUUGAUCCCUUUGUUGAGGGUCGAUUCAAGAAUAAUCUCAAAAAGAACAAUCGUCGGUCUGCAAUGCCUCCCCUUUCUGGUAACUUAGAUGGGUUGGAUAUGGGAGGUCGUGGUGGUAUGCCGUUACCUGGUACAAGAAAGCAGCACUUGGGUAUGAACAAUCAAUUGAACUCACCACCACAGGGAAGAAGAUCGUCAAGUAACAUGAUGUUGAUGCAGCCUCACAAUACCGGUGGUACCAACGUGCCUUCACAAGAGUUACAACAAUCACAACAACAACAGCAGCAACAGCAGCAGCAGCAGCAGCAACAACAACAACAGUCGGUACCACCGCAUUCAAAUACUAAUUCCAAUUCAAGUUACUUGCAACCUCCUAAUAUGAAUAGUUCAUCAUCAUCCACAAACACUAAUGAUACACCAGUUACAAGUAAUGGUUCUGCCGAUCACCAUCAAGUACACGUUCCAAUGCAAGGACAAUCAUCAACGAGAUCAUUUUAUGAAGACGAUUCUCCAGUAAUUAACAAACCGGGAACAAUCACGCCCAUUCUGCCCGAAUUAAAAGCCGAAGAUUUACCUCAUGGGGAAGUAGAGUAUGUUGAUGGUAUGAUAAUUCGAACCACACCCAAGCUAGAACAGUGGACAAGAAGGUUCCGCACUUACUUCAAUGGUAAAUUCCAAAUCUUUGAUGCUGAAUUGGAUACGCAAAAGCUGGCGUUUGCUAAUGAGUGGAGUAAUUUGAAACAUCAAUAUCAUGAAAUUGUAAAAGAGCCGGUGUUGCCUAGUGGAAUAUAUAUCCUCACUGCUGCUCUCACGGGGAGUAUACUAGUGCGUCACAAGAAUAUUGCCGUCAGGUUUAUUACGCCGGUAUUGUUUGGUGGCGCUGCUACUAAAUAUUUCAUGCCUCGUUCAUUUGAUAAUUUAUUUGAAAAGUAUGAGAAUUUGGAGAAGCAAUAUGUUCCCCAGGUGUACGAUAAAAGGGUAUAUUUUAUAAAAGAUAUGAGGGAUAUUAAAAACGGAUUGGACGAAUCUAGGAUAAAGCUCAAUGAUUGCGUUAUUUCGCAAGUUCAUGAUUGGCGAAAACAAGUGAAGGAUAUCUUCAAUGAUGGUGUUGAUGAGAAGGACGAGAAAAAGUAA